AUGGCACGGGGUUUGCAUUACAUCCACCAGCAGAAAUACCAGCAUGGGGAUGUGAAAUCCCAGAAUAUGGUCAUCACAAGGGACGACACGCUGAAGAUCUGUGACUUCGGCACUGCCAGGCAUUGUGAGAGUACAUUCACUACAGAAAACAUCAGGGGAUCAUGGGCUUGGAUGGCCCCAGAGGUCAUUGGCGAACGUCAUAAUUCUCAACCACAGACAAAAGCUAAAGUGACACACAAGUCCGAUGUUUUCUCUUACGCUGUCGUUGUUUGGGAGCUUCUCACCGGCAAGGAACCAUUUGCUGGGGAAACUACACUCGAUUUUAUGCAAGCCACCGGAGGCCAACGAAGACGCCUAGAAAUCCCAAAAGAAUGCCCUCAGACCCUGCGUGACCUCCUAACGAAAUGCUGGGAUCAUGACCACACAAAGCGGCCCAGAAUGGAUGAGAUUUUGAGCCGCUCUGAACUAGGUAGGAUAACAUUAUGCAGUGACUUUGAUAUAGAUAGAAUUGCACCAGAGCCUUAUAAAGCGCAACAAUUAGCACUGAAACACGUUGCACUUGACGACUACACGGCACAAAAGGAAGACGAGUUUGGUUGUACUGCCUCACAUGAUACACCGCCCUCGGAGAGUGAGAAGGAGAUGAUACGACCGGUAUGUAAUAUCGACCGGUGA